AUGGGCCGGCGCCGCACCCAGUCCCUGCGGGGACCCCGGUCUGCCUAUGGCAAGCUCCAGGAGCCUUCGGGGAGGUGCUCGGGGGGCCGCCUGCGCCGGUCUCUGAGCCUCAGAGAGCGACGGGAAAAAUCGGGGUCCUUGGAUAGGAAUCUGGACUCACCCGACACCCCAACUCAGGAGCGACUGCCUGGGGCCCUGGGCGACACUGAGCAGCUGAUCCAGGCCCAACACAGAGGCAGCCGGCGGUGGCUGAGGCCUUGCCAGCAGGUCAAGAGAAGGUGGCAGGACUUCGUGGCCAACUUCCCCGGAGUGACCCUAAGCCGCCCGGCAUCCCCCGAACCCCCACUGGGAACCUCCAGCUAA